CGUAGAGUUUUUGACGACGACUAACUGUCGUCUGAAGUUACUCAAAUUGAACGCGGUAUCCUUUCGUAGGUGUCGUAGAAUAAAAAAGUGAGGUGGUUGUGUACAUUUUAAUAUGGCAGAUACAUUCGGUAGAUUCGGUAACAUGAGGCCGAAACUAACGUGGAUAAAUCUAUUUGAUGUUGUUGCCGCUAUAAUAGUUGCCGUUUUCGUUACAAUCAGUGAGCUUGGCUGGCUACCUCAGCUCGUGAAAAGAGGCUACUACUGUGAUGAUCGAUCGAUCCAGAGACCAUACACUGGCGAUACCAUAACAGCAUGGAUGAUCGUCAUAAGUGGAUUUGUGCCAUUUUUCCUGAUCUGGUUGGCGGAGCUACUGUUUUACUUUCCCACCAUGACCGAAACCUCCACUGCGGAUGCUCCAAAUACAAAGUAUAAGGGUUCAUUUUACCAAGCAGUUUACUGGUUUUGCAAAUACUUUAGAGGUUUAAUUAUCAAACUUCUGAUUGUUGAUUUUUUGAAGAUUUUUGCCGGAGAACAUAGACCCCACUUCAUCGACACUUGUAGACCUGACGCUGUUUGCACAGGAAAUGAAUUCAUCUCAACAUAUACGUGCACCAACACCGAUGACUCACUGUAUUUUAUUCGGGAUGCAAGCAAAUCCUUUCCAUCAGGCCACUCCUCAAUAAGUGUAUACGAAGCAGUCUUCAUGGUCUGGUACUUGCACAGACGUGUCCCAAAGCUGCGAUCACUCAUGGCCCUACCUCUGGCCCAGUUCACCAUUGCCUUGUGGGGAAUGUUCUGUCCUUUAUCUAGGAUAUUGGACAAUCGUCAUCAUUGGUGGGAUGUGCUGGCGGGAGCGAUAAUCGGAUUUGUAGCAGCUGGAAUUACGUGUCUCAUCGAUUGCCGCAAUUUCAAUAAAGCCAGACCAGCAGCUCGUCGGGCAGCCUACAGAGACCACACUAAUCUCAUAUCAUCAAACAACACACCAUGUAAAGAAGAUGCCAACCUAAGCAGUAUCGUCAAUUGUUCCUAGCAAUUUAUGUUGCGUCACUUGUUUUAUUUUACGACAAAAACAUUCUAGUGUUUAAAAUUUUGACCGCGUCAUAUAGUGGCAAGACCGUCCCAUAGCAAAAAAAACAUCGAUCCAAGAAAGCCAUUUUAUGUUUUUUUUAUCCCGUUACUAGUAAUUGGACAAAAUGUUUAAGUUUUUAAGAACAACGUUGUUGAGUUGAUCCUGUUUUAUGAAAGUAUAUGUGAUUGGCUAUCAUUUCGAGCAAAAAGCUUGGCUUUGACAUAUGGGGUCAACCUUUGACGAGUGACAGGGGAUAUUCUGUUCAAACAACGAACAUUGUAAACGAAUUAUGUAUUCCAUUUUAACUAAUAAGUAGCCACAAUUAAAACGGAUAUUUUGCACUGUGGUAUCAACUUGAAAUAACAAAUGUGAUAAUAGAAUGUAAAAGUAACAUUCGAAACAACAAGAUUUCCGUGCAUGUACCUAGUAAAUUAACAAAAUAGUACAAUAGAAUCGAGAGGUGACAAUUCCCACUUUUUUUACUAAAAUAAACAUUAGAAUCAUGAAUGGCAUAACACGAAAGCGUAAAUUGUGUAAUAUAAAACCGACCGUUAUUACUCAAUUUCCGUUUGCGGAGGAGAUGCACACUGCACGAGUGCAUCCAGCAGUCACAACACGCUCGUGGUCGAUAUGGAUACAUAUUACCUGUUCUGUAUAGGCUAGGUGGCUGCAGCUUGCUUCCAGUUAUGCAAUACAUAAUCGCAAAGCACGGUACUCUAUGCCGGUGUCUUUGACAAAACAGUCAAUGGCCAAAGAAUCAGUAAAAAUAAACUAGCGGGUUGUGUAUUCCAGUAUUGGUCAUUAAUUUUUAUUCGUUUGUGAACCUCUUGGGCAAUUGCUGCUUCAAUAAUUGGAUUGCGCUUAUAAGUGGUUGAAUAAAAUGUAUUACGACAGUAUCGUUUCCAAAUUAUAAAUUGAACAUAGUAGUUGUAUUAGGAUCAUUUAAGAUUUAGAACAUCACAUAAGAAAGUACAUCAUACAGGAAUUAACGUUAGUUGCAUGUUGCAUAUAGUCAUGACUCAUUAAAGUUGCGAUUGUUGCUUUGCACAACCCCUUCUUUAAAAACAAUACCAUACAAAUAGGUUAUUUCUCGAAAAAAAAAUACAGCUGAUGAUUAUAGAAUUAA